CCCUUUCAAACGCUGUGGAUACCUCCAGGUGGGAAGAUAAGUAUAAUACAACCUUCUACCUACAUUGGAUCAUGAGGGUAAUGCACGUGGACCGAGUCAUGGAAGUCUAAACACAAUUGUUGAACCAACCCCUCUUCUUUCUUCUCUGCAUUUCUCACUAAAAUAAAUCCUACAUGUACAUCUAAGGAUAAUAUUAUAUUGAAUUAGAUACCCAUCCAUCACCACCUGAUAUAAUAUACAAACCAUUGGAAAGGAGUUUUAUAGUAUCAUAACCAGCAUCCGCAUGGAGACACCUUACUUACAUAACCUCGGAGUCAUUAAAAGCUUUUCUUUAUUCACUUGAAUAUUGCCCCUCGAUACCAAUCUACAUUCCAUUUCUGAUUUAGGAUUCUCACAGAUUUAUACUGCUCCAAUUGCUACACACUCUCUGUUUCGUUACAUAACAGAAGCGUCACUCUUCGUAUUGCAUUUUUACUUGUACCACCGCACGAAUAAUCGACGACGCGUACAGUUAUCUUUCACUUGGUACAAGAUUUCUCAAAUUUUACAUCUCCCUUCUCGAUACCCAGAAACGACUGAUCGAAAAAACCCACACGAAAAAGUAUCCACUCCUUAGCAUCAAAAGAAAAGGCUGCAAGGGAGAGAAAGGAAGAAGGUUCACUCACUACUUACCCGUACGUCCCUGAGAAGUUUAUCCAUUAGAUUGGAAGCAAACAACUUCACCGCUUUGAAAAAAUUCGGAUAAAGGAAGAAAAUUUCCCGAUUGGAUCAAUCUUACCAUCAAAAGUUCCAACAUCACGAAAUCUCAUCCCAUCUUUGGUUAAUCAAUACAAUCCAGACUCUUAUAUUCUUUGAGGUCAUUCGGAAACUGGGGUUGAGGUGGUGUUACUAGCCGUAGUAGUUUGGAAGUGAGGAUAUUCUCGAAUUUCGCGAAUUACAAGGUAUUCACCAAUAAAGGACUUGGCAUUUGUGAUCGACGUACAGCAUUACAUUCGACAAUUCGAUCCGAUCAUUAGACAAGUCUACACCGAAGGACUUUGACUUGUCGGUAACCCCCUCAGGAGACUUCUCCGCACUCAUUUCCUCGUUUGUCGUUCGUCUGAGUGAGCAGCAAGGGCUGAGCUUCACUACAAGUAAACAAUAAUUUCCAUUUCGUCUAAAAUUGGGAGUAACUCGAAAAACUAGAGGAAUUUCAGCCACAAAAAUUCAUCUGUGGAAUAACAAAAUAUCAGCCUUGAAUUAUUGUUUAAAAAGCAAUACUCUAGAUCGUCUGACGAUUAAACCCCAUAUCGCCAUUCAAUGCCCUCAGCAACGCCGAGGUCUACCCUCGCCAUUAGACCUCGACCACCUACAGAAUCACAAACACCCAUUAAUCGGAAACACGCACCUUGCACUUCAUAUCCAGAAAGUUCCCCUCUUGACAAUUUCUCCUUCUACAAUCCUCCUACAAUUUAUUCGGAUCGCCCAUCAAAACGAUCCAUGACCACUCCAUCGAAAACUAUCGCUGUCGUCAAUUCAUCCGGACGACAAGCUGCAUCAUUUAUCCGCGUUGCUAGUGCAGUGGGCUAUAAUGUACGAGCUCAGUUGCGAAACCUUGAUGGAAUAGUAGCUUCGGAGAUUUCAUCACUUCCAAAUGUUACUGUCCUAGUUGGCGACCUUUUCAUCAAACGAUCUUCCUCUUCAUCAUCAACAUUAGAUCCUGAGACUACCAAAUUAAAUGAUGCACUCAUUCGAGAUCUCUUCCAUGGAGCGCAGUUAGCAUUUAUCAAUACUACAUUUUGGGGCGAUGAAUAUGCUAUUGGUUGUGCCUUGGCCGAUGCAGCCGCCGCGGUUGGUAUAGAGCAUUACAUCUAUUCAUCUAUGCCUAACCACUCUGUCGUCAACUCUUCAUGGCCAUCACUCCCCUUAUGGUCCGAGAAAUACGCAGUCGAAACCUACAUUCGAACGCAACUUCCUUGCCUACGAUCAACUUUCCUCUACACCGGAAUUUACAACAACAACUUCACAUCACUACCAUACCCGUUAUUUUGCAUGGCCCUGCAACCCGAUGGAUCUUUUGAGUGGCAAGCUCCUUUCCAUCCGGAUGUACCUUUACCAUGGCUGGACGCCGAACACGAUGUCGGACCUGCAGUUUUACAAGUAUUUAAGGAUGGACCUCCUGCUUCUUCCUCGAAUCCUCGUCGCAUUCCUCUCGCUUACGAGUUUCUCUCUCCCAAACAAGCUUGCGCCGCCUUUGCCCGCGGUGUCGGCCGUCCAGUAAUAUACAAACAUAACCCCGAUAUCGAAGUACGAGUUAAGAUACCAAAAGGAUAUAAAGAGCAAUUGGUAGCAUUGGAAAGGAUGUAUGCAUUAGGGAAAGACGACCUAACACUUCAACCUCCUUACUUUGCCGAACAGGAAUUAGAGAAUAAGGUUCCGGAAGAGGCUUUGAAGCUAUGGGAGGGAUAUCGAGGUUUAGAGGAGUACGCCCGAGAAGUUUUCCCAUUGGAAGAAGCUGCAAAUGGAUUAACGUGGAUGGUGGAGGAAAAUUAUGAGGAUAGGACAUAUACGCCUAGUGAAGUGACAAAUGGUGGAGUGGAUGAAAAUCCCAACUACGAAGAAGAUGAUGACGACGAUGAUGGCCUGACUAUAGGUGGAGGACUCGGUACAUCUGGUGAAGCUACUCCCGCAAGAAAAGAAGAGACAUGGUUAGCAUGAAGGGCCUGAUCUUCUUUCUCGGCUUUUCGAUAUGCACUAGAUGACUUAUCGAUACCUCUAUCUGAUUCGAACAAUGAUCCUCUUUAUAUUUACGACUUCACGACGGUUUACGGCAUGGGAAAAAUAACGCCCCUCAAAAAGCUCUUGUAAUUUCGCAUGCAUUUACUCAUCACAACAUCAAAAUAUUACAACAAAAGCAAAGCAAAUCAAAAGCAGAAGCAAAACUUGGCAUAAAACAAAAGCAAACGAAAUUAUAUAAAUUUAAUCACAACGGACUUACUAUUCACCAACCGAACUCCGAAAAAGAUUCACGGCAUAUCAACAUGGGAGGUGCAGUGAUGAAAUGGCAUUCUGCAUUCCUCUUGCUGGGAUGAAAUGGAUAUGGAGUUGAAUAAUUACAUACAACUGGUGAACAACUGGCGGAUAGGUCAGGUAUUUAUUGCAUUGGUGUGGUGAGGAAUCGGGCCUGUAUGGGGAUUUGGGGGAUGAAAGGAAAAGGCAUCGGAUGCAUGUAUGGAAUGGAAUGGAUGUAAUUUUGGAGGAUAGGAAAAAAUUAUAUGAUUGAUUGGUUGAUUAUGUAUUAUCUUUGCUUGGCUGGGCUUAUACCGUGUUGUUGGGUUGGUCGUAGAGAAAAUAUAUAUCUAGUAUGAUGAUUAUGUUUUGAUGGAGAUGGGGAUGGGGAUGGAGGUUUCUACCUUUUAUUGAUGUGGUGUGAUCUGGCCUUGAGUGGAUAAUCAACUUUCGUUUCUUGUUGAACUUCUAUCUCUCCUAUCUUGUGUCUCUGAAAGAUAAAUAAUUAGUAGUUGUCUUUUUAAGUGGAUCUAGAACUAGUUCAAAUCUAUCUAUCUAUCAA